GCACGAGCUGGAUGGGGGCAGAGGCCAUCUGCACGGGCAGCAAGGUCACUGCCAUCAAGCUGCACAGUGUCAACUGCAAAGCUCCAACUGUGGGUAAAUCCUCAUUUAUCAGCUUGGAGGAACUGAAACAAAUGCACAAGACAAGACACCAUCCGUCUACAGUGGUGACACGCGGCUCUGCUCAGUAUAGCCUGUUUGGCUCCACGGAGGUGGAGAACACGCUGAUUGAGUCUCAGAGUAGCGUGACCGUGGACUUCAGGUGGGACAACGUGGAAAGCAUCCUGCAGACCCCCCCACUGUACUCCACAGCCACACUGAACAUCAAAGUGGCUUGUGGAGACAUGAGGAGCCCCAUUUAUCCUCUAUACAAGGAGCUGGAGUUUCUCCAAAUUUUAGCUGACGGUUUGAGAACAGGCGAGACAGAGUGGCUGGAACCUAUGGAGGUGAAACCAGCAGUGGAGCUUACCAAGGCCCUGAUAGAGGAGCUGCAGAAGAAAGCAAAGCUGGAGCAGAAUCAGUCUGUGAAGGAGAGUGAGAAGGCGAUGGAGUCGUCAUCGGUGGAGAACCCCAUCUUUAAUGCCACGCUGAUGGAGAGGAGGGACCUGGACUUCAUUGAGCGGCUGUGGCUGACACUGUGGAGGAGUGUGUCAUCAUACCAAGACAUCGUAGAUUCUCUGAAGCUGGUCGUCCAGGCUUUGAGAUAUGGAGACAUUAAACCGUGGAUCCACAAAGACAGCAGCAGCUCUCUGAGCAGACUGAUCCUGCAGUCCUACCACCAGCAGCUGGGACCUGUGUCCCUGACCGGUCUCACCCCGAUAAACAUGCUCCUUGAGAUGGGCCUGGACAAGAUGAGGAAGGACUACAUCAACUACCUCAUCAGUCAGGAGCUCACAACGCUAAACCACUUGAGUUACUAUCUGAGCACGGAGGUGGACUUGCAGGAGCAGGUGGUGCGCGUGAAGAAGCUGCACCACCUGCUGGAGAUUGUGGUGACCUGCAGCACUUUCCUCAGCCUGGCCUACGAGCAGCUGUUUCUCCUGACACAGUCAUAUUUGCAGUACUACAAAGAGAAUCCUUACGACGAAGAGCAUGUGUUCCAGCUGCAGGUUCGACCCGCCAUGAAAAGCAGCUUCUAUCAGAGGAUUCACAAAGAACACCCUGUCACUUGGGCAGUGGAGGUGUCCAGUGGCCAUGGCAACAGGGAGGUGAGGACAUCCUGGCGGCUCAGUGACAAGCCCCCAGUGGACCAUGUAACCUUUGACCCUCCAGAUUUCCCCUUGGAGACGACAGUCAACGGCGAGAGUGAAGAGCCGACAUACUUCACCACCACUGCCAGCUGCAGCCUGGUCAGCUUCACAUAAACACACUCAGACACAGGAUCCACCGUUAGCACCCAGAAGGCUCUCGCAUCGAUUUCCCAUUCACCUGCAUUGUUUCCACCGCAAAUAAAGCGCCUCGCUCUGGAAUACAUCUUCCUAGCAUCUGGACCAGGUUACGGGGACAAAAUUCAGGAAGCGAAAUAAACCGCAGUAUUAAAGAUGAUCCCGGGGACAGAUGUUUCCGGCUCCCGGGGCACGAUGAGGCUGCCUGUGGUUCUCCCGGACGCACUUCAUGCUUGGAUAGUCACGGCUUAUGGG